AUGACCCUUGAGGAGCGCUUCUCGCGGUCGCGAACUGAUGUGAGGCUUGUAUCAUCAAAUGUUCCUGCACUAGAUGGUCCUGAGAAUCCUUAUCGACAGUUAUCAUUCACGGCUUUGUCGUCACCAGUUCUUCUGGAGACUGUUGUGUGUAUUGCUACAGAGCACAUGCUCAACUUUGGCCUAGGCAAUGUAUCAACAGCAGCCCAGCAUCAACAGAGAAUGCUGGGAACCAUUGGACAGAAUCUUCGAAUGAUCGAGACGGGAGGCGAUUGUGAAACAGAAUGCAUUGUAACAGCAAACAAACUCGACUACGAGGCAUUGCUCACUGCCGUUGUCCUACAGGGUGUGGUGGUGGCCCAGUCGGAAGACGGGGUUUUGGAACCCCAUGUCCGAUGUGCCUCGUUCCUCAUGAGGGCCCUAGAUCGCUUUCACCAGAUACCACAUAGCGCCCUUUCCCGGAUGACGGUGCAACGAUUUGCCAUGGUUGAUGUGAUGCUAGCCUUCUCGCGGCAACGGCGGCCGUACGCUCCUCGCAGUUUUGUGCUUCAUCAGCCUGACUCUGAGCGGUGGGACAACACCGAACCAUCUUUCCACAAAAUGACCGGGUGUCCUCAGCCGCUGAUGUGCUUCUUCGUUCAAAUCUCGCAUCUUGCAUGCGAUGUGGAUAACGGGUUGGAAAGCCGCGCACCAACUGAUGGGAUUCUAACCCAAGCACACCGUCUUGAAACCGAGCUUCGUUCCUGGGGCGCUAGGUAUACUGGUGUCGCCCCAGGAGCCUGUACACGCCCACCUCUAGAUAUUCUGACGGAAUGUUUCUACUGGACUGCCCAUCUCCUACUUGCACGGCGUGUAUUUCGAGAUCCCACUCGCUCCCCACGGGUUCAACAUCUAGCACAUACAUGUUUCGGGCUCAUGAAUCAGCUCUCCACUGGCUGCGGACCCGAUUCAUCUCUACCGCAGCCCUUUUACCUUGCCGCUCGAGAGGCUAUCAGCAUUGAAGACCGAGUUUGGGUGCGGCAAAAGCAUGAAUCGAUGACAGAUUUCUAUCGAGAGCAACAACGCAACACCGUGAUGCGACUCACUGAAAGGAUUUGGGAAAUAAUGGAUCAGGUGCAAUCAAUUUCUUUGCCGGGGUUGGAUUUGGAAACAUGCAUAUCUAAAGCAGAGGAGCAAAUCAGGUCUUUAGAUCAACAGUCUUGUCAGUUCAUUUUUUAG